UGCACGCAUGCGCGAAGGUUCACGUGCGAGCAGUCAAGUGGAGCAAAAGCACAUGAAAACAAACCCAUACACGUUUAAAGUAUCAACAGAUGUAACAUCGCUCACCUUAUAAAGUUGCACGUUUUCAAGACAACGGGACGACCUGAUGUUACUGCCGUGAUGGCAACUCCAGCUGUGCGGAUGUUACGGAAGUUAGAGGGUCUGUUUUGUGUGUAUAAACCCUCCGGUGUCCACUGGAAACUCGUCCGGGAUAGCAUUGAGACAAAUCUUCUUAAAGGUAUAAAUGCUACACCGUCCCAGCCAAUUCCUCAGGAGGUCCGCUUCUUGUCGCACCCAGUCAGUGAGACUGAAGCACCCAAGGGACUCACACUGUCUGCAGCCUCUGUGCCAGUACUGUCCAAGCAUCCUCUGGUGACUGGACCUGAAUUCAAACAUAUUAGAGUUGGAGUAGGACAUCGGCUGGAUGCGUUCUCUUCUGGUGUUCUGGUUCUUGCUGUCGGGAAUGGAAACAAGGCUCUGAAUGAUUUCUACGGAACAGUAGCCACAAGGGAAUACACUUUGGAGGGUGAAUUUGGGAGUGCAACAGAUGACUUCUCUCACACAGGCAAAGUUGUGGAAAGAUCCACUUACGAUCACAUCACACAGGAUAAGCUGGACAGAGUCUUAGCGAUGCUGGAGGGAGCCAAUCAAAAGACCUUGUUAAUGUAUUCCAAGGUCGACAUGCGCUCACAGGAAGCCUAUGAGAUGGCUGUGCACGGUUUACUGGGUCCAGAGGGGAAAUCACAUCCUAUUUUGACAGGCUUGCGUUGCGUUCGCUUCCAGCCCCCCAACUUCACUUUAGAGGUGCAGUGUUUAAAUGAAACUCAGAAAUAUUUGUGCAAAGUCGUGCAUGAGAUAGGCCUCGAGCUGCGCAGCACUGCAGUGUGUAAAGGAGUAAGACGGACCAGAGACGGACCCUUCACCCUGCAGGAUGCUCUGAUCCAUCACCACUGGACUGCUAAUGAUGUUCUACAGGCCAUCAGAAAAUACCACUCCUAUAAGAAAAAUCAAAAAUAUUCUGACACGCAUAUCAAGGACCCAGCAUUUCAACCACGAGAAGAGAGAACGAAGAUGGUUGAAAAAAAUACAACCAGCGACAAAGAAGCAGUAGGUUGAAUUCAAUAACUUGUUGCUGUGCGGAUCAGUUAAUACAAGUCACAGAACGGCUCAAUGGUGACUCUUAAGAGCUUGAACUUAAGUUGGAAAAGAGAUGUGAAAGACCGCAGAUCCUGGUUCCUAAAAGAGAAAGGUAUCAGACUGCACACAACUCAUUAUUAUUAUUUAUUUAUUUAUAUGCAAACUUCUCUCCAUCAACAAAGACAGUUUUCACCAUUGUUGUGCAGGUACAAUGUUGUGCAGGUAAUAUUAACUUAAUCCCCAAACCAUGUUAUGACAGUGUUUGUUUUUGAUGAAAUUAAAAAAGAAUUUGACCGACAUUUUUAGGAAAUCUGUUUGUUGUUUUUUGAUAAUUUGAGCAAAUGUCUGUGUCUAUAGACAAGAUAAUAAACUAUGAAUGAAUACAAAGGGGCUUUUGCAUGACAAGUAAAGUUAAAUCAACAGUCUUUAAGGUCUAUAGAUGACACAAUACACAUUUUUAAUCAGCACAAAACCCAAGUCAUUUCCAACUGGCCAUGUCCUAUUAACCUGUUUAACAACCUUCUGAUCUCUGCUGUGGUGGGGUUUCUUUUUAAAAACAGUAAAACCAACAGAUAACCAGGAAACCGGCUUUACCACUGUUAACAUUUCAUUUUACAUGUCAGUAAUUUCCCCUUAACUUUUAGGUGGUUUCCUGUAAAGAGCUGUGAAUGAAAUGUAAUACUAA